GUCCGCAUCUAGAACUGGAACGCCGAGGCUAGCCAGUCACAUUUUCUUCAUUUCUUGAGAUUUUUCUGCGGAGCUUAAACCGUAAGAAAUCGUUAACGGAAAACAGAGAUUCCGAUGGAACACCCCACGGCGGUUCGGAGAAGCGGUGGCGGCCUUUUCGAAGGCCUCUAUAGAGUCGUCAUGCGCCGCACCUCUGUUUAUGUCACCUUCGUCAUCGCCGGUGCUUUCCUCGGCGAACGGGUGGUGGACUAUGGGAUUAAGAAGCUCUGGGAGAAAAACAAUGUUGGGAAACGUUACGAAGAUAUUCCAGUUUUGGGACAGAGGCCAACGGAAUGAACUGCUCCGGAGUGCACAUUUCAAAUUGUUAGUUUAAUAAUAAACAUCUUAUUAGUGUGCGCCAUGCAAGCCAUGAGACCACCUUUUUUUCUUCUCGUGAAAUAUUUUGUAUUCAUAAUUACUCUUUGAAGUAUUGCUCUGAAAAUUACAAUUGGAAUAUAUUCCCGUUUCUGUCCUUUUCUUUUUUUAAAAAGACAUGCCCCAAGUUAGCAGCACUGCAUGUGAUCUGGAUCAACAAGCUAUGCUCUGCCUCGAUAUUGCUAUAAACCAAUU